AUGUGUUUUAAUAAAGAGUGGUCUUUAAUAUUCACAGGCACCAGUCUGUUCUUUGGCGGAUGGGUUGUUUCCGGCCAUGGAAUAUGGAAAAACAUUGAAAGCUGGCAACGCUGGCGAGUUUGCUAUUGCUUCAUUUAUUUUGCAGCUAUGGAAGCUCUUCAAUUCUUCCAGUACCUAGUCAUUAACGAUUGCCAAUCUUCACUCAACAUUUUCUUAACAUUCCUAGGUUUCAUUCAUAUUUGCUGGCAGCCAUUGUUUUCCAAUAUUGCUUUCUCAGCUCUUGAUUUCAAGAAUUUCGAUAAGAAGAGAGAUGAUAUCUGGAAAUUCAUUUUCAAGUUCGCUUUCGCUUCUGGAUUAUUAAUGUCUUUCAGAAUCCUUAUUCCAGCAGUAUAUGAUUUCCCAGAAGCCUUCAUUUUUGAACCACGUGGCAAUGCUGAUGGAUAUUGCGGAGAAAAAACUUGCACGACCAACGGAAUUUAUCACUUGAAAUGGGAAUUCAAGCUUCUUAAAUCUACAUACGCUUUUCCAAACAUGUCAGCACACUGCUUGUUCAUGUUCGUUUGUCCAUUCAUUCUUGGUCUUAGAAUUCAGUCAAUUAUUCUUUUCUUAACAGGACCAUUUAUCUCCGUUCUCUUCCCAGGUCCAGUUUCAGAUGGUGAACGUUCAUCUAUAUGGUGUUUCUUCUCCAUUGCUGAAUCAUUCAUUACUGUUAUUACUUGUUACAUUGCUUGCCGUCGCCAACUCAAUGCUUCUCUUAAGCAAAAGCAGCAGUAA